UAACGUAGAUAUAAACUAAAAAGAUAUCUUAACGCCUCUAGAUAUGUAAAAAUAACAACUGAAACCGUAAUAAUCAUAAAGCUGUGAAAAUGUUACUUUCAAAUUUUAUUGAAUUAAUUCAAAUAAUAAUAUCCGGCUGCUUUUAAUACGCGUUCGGCUAAUCUUCUACCAAAACUAACGCGUUUAGUCUAUGGAUGCCAACAAGAGAGUUCGUAUACUUCGGAAUUUGACAACCAGCCAGUCACAAUCCCUUCAACUGCAGCUGGGGCCUACCGAGAGUCGAGACUCCGGUUCGGGACCGUUUCGAAGUUUCUCGUCAAGCUGAAGGUAUCCAAGACGUCGGACCAGAUGGCGUCGCCUCAAACACGACGCCGUUUAAACCUCAUCCGCUCUCAAGACAACAACCAUAAAUGUUUCGAGUGCGACACUUCGAAUCCCCAAUGGGUGUCGGUGACGUACGGAAUUUGGAUCUGCCUGGAGUGCUCGGGUGUGCAUCGCAGCCUCGGCGUGCACAUAUCCUUCGUGCGAUCAGUGACCAUGGACAAGUGGAAGGAAAACGAGAUUGAAAAAAUGCAAGUCGGCGGCAACGCCCGUCUCAAAGAGUGGUUCGACAGCCAGCCCGACGUGACCCCGGGGAUGUCCAUCGUGCAGAAAUACAACACCAAGGCCGCGGCCAUGUACCGGCAGAAGAUCACCGCGCUCUCCGAAGGACGCGAGUGGAGCCCCUCGGACUACCAGCCGGACCGGCCGGCGCCCAAGCCGCAGCCCUACGCCGCCUCCAAGGACUCCUACUCCAACGGCCAGGAGUUCCACAACAGCGGCUCAGAAAACAACAUCAGCUAUCACAGCGAGUACGGAAGCGGUCGCUACACGGGCUUCGGUAACCAACAGCAGACGCGGUCAACCCCCAUGUCGCCCACGCAAACCGGCAACGAAGUGGUGGACAACAGUCUUGCUGCGCUUGCUUCGGGAUGGUCGCUGUUCACGUCGACAGUGUCAAAAUGCGCGCGCACCGCCACCGAGUCCGCAGUCCGCUACGGCGGCAUGGCCUCGCAGCGGGUCUCCGAGAUGGCCACCACCGUCACUGAGAAGGUGAACAACCGGGGUGGAUGGAGCUCGCUAGGCGGUACAACCGACACCCGUCGAGAAUCCUCCAGCGGUUCCAACCAGCUCUUCAAGUCCCAGUCGUAUGGUGCUAUGCGCAGUUCCUCCUCCGAGCCCUACUCGCAGUGGAACGAGCAGGUCCAGCCUUCAGUAGCGGCCCGUAACAACCUGGACGCCCGUGACCUAUCACAGGUGGGAGUGUCCAACCCGCCCCCCGACAUCAAGGACCUCAAGAUACGCAAGCAGGAGGACAGCUGGGACUGGCUGAACAACUAGAUCUGAUAACGACAAACACCGAUGGAACCAGAUGGCCAAAUGAUCGUGAGAUUAGAUUAUUUCCACUCUCCCUGCACCCCGCUAGGUCCACAUAUUUAAUAUUACCCCAUAGUGUCCCUGCCAACAUAAGUGUACCUUGACACCAUUACCCCAUAGUACUACGCCGUAAUGGAUCAAGCCAUGAAAAUACCCGUAAUACCUUACAUUUACCGUGGAAUAUUUCAUGGUGAAACUUUAGAAAACUAUGUUGCUGAUGAAAAAAAAUCUGUCCGUUCGUUUAUGGUGCAUGCUUUCAAAUGUUGAUGUGUAUAGCUGUUAUUGAAAGAUAUAUUAUGUAUAUUAUAAGUUUUCUCGUAAAUGUAAUGUUGAGAUAAGACGUUAUUUACAUUAUGCCAUUUUAUAUUUUGUUCUGAAUGCAAAAAUAAAUUUGAAAAUUUUAUUUGUGAAAAAUUUAUUUCAGUUCAAUUUUAAAAUUAUUUUCAAUAUUUGAUUUGAUAAAACUAGGAUUUUUGGCGUGAGCAUUUAAAACACGAUAUAUUCCAUUAUUGUUAUGUAAUUAUUAUAAAAUUUAAAUAGUUAUUAUAAUUAUGUAUGUUUAACACAUUCACUACCGGGAACCCACCUGGUGGGCGCUCGUGAACUUUGUUCAGAUGCCGGACAACCCGCUGGGCGGGUUUUGUACGCAGCUAUAGACCGCCGGUUUCUGGGGUAGUGCGCCGUUUUUUGUCUGGCAGUGAAUGUUUAAGUUAACUGAAUCAACUUAGAAAAUAAUAAUUUUUUGGUGGCGUCAUGUUAAAAACUAUAAUUUAUUUCUUCUCUUCGUAACCGCGCACUUUUUGCGGACAAUCAUGAUUUUAUGAACAGUGUAUAUACUUAAACCUUUUAUCUAUAUCAAUUACUAGGUAAAAUGUUAUUUAUAUUUCAAUUUAACCAUUGUAUACCUGUUAAGUUAUAUGUCAAAUAAAUAACCAAAUCUGUCAUAAUUGUUUACAUUAUUUUUAACUUCUAUUGGGAGCGUGCACGACUGUCACGCAACCUAGUGUCCGCAAGUCUAGGGGAAAACGUCAAUUCACUACAUCUUAUAAAACUACUCCAAAACUAAAAACUACUGAACGAAUUUUCAUACGACUUUCAUCUAUCAAUAGAGUGAUUCUUGAGGAAGGCUUAAGUAUAUAACUUGUUAAGGUUUUGUGUAAAUUGUUUGAAAUAUAACGAUGUUGUCGGAAAAAAUCACGCUGGCUAGGAGCUUUGAUCGAAAACGCUGUCUAAUCCGUUUGAGCUAUAACAACACAAUGUAUGGUGGGGUUGUUUCUCAUUCAUAGGUCUACAAAAAAGUCCGCGAUGUUAAAUGUCUAUCUUUUAAGGAUAACUUACUAUAUCCAUUCUUUCUUAACUUCUAGAAAAAGAUCACGUAAUAUGUGGCAUUUUCAAAGCUAUUUACAUGGAUACAUUAUUAACAAUUAUCAAAAUAAAUACGUUAGUUAUAUUAAGCAUUUCAUACAGAUUACAAUGGUCCCUUACACCAUACAAUUUAAAUGAAUAUUUCAGAAGUAAUCGUAAAUCAAAGUUUCAUUUCGAGCUAUAUAAUUGUACGAAAUGUUAAAGACGCUAUCCGCAGUUAGUUCAAAUUUUUACCACCUUAUGCGCUGGGAUCGCUUUACCUACCCCCACCACGCACUUCGCACGGUCCCAAUAGAACCUCACAUAAAACCUGUGAUGCUCGCUUUCAAGUAACCUUCGAAUCAAAUCUGAAUAAUUUUGAUUACUUUAACAGUCAGUUGAUUAUGCAUGUAUUGUAUAUGUGUUAGGCUUGUUACCACUGAGACAAGAAGCAUUCGUAAAGCCGGCUCAGGACCGCUUCGGCCUCAGUUUCA